UUUUUUUUUUAACAAUCAUUACGAAAAAAGGUAGUAAUUGAUUCUUUCUUAGGAUCCUCUAUUUUACUUUUCCUCCCUUUUUUAUAUAGAAUCUAUUUUCUCUUUCCUAUUUUAUAUAUAUUUAUAUAAAUUAUUUUGUCUUUGUCAUGCUUAAAUCUAAACGAGAUAUAGUUCAAUUAGAUGAGCGAUUGGAUGAACUCAAGUUAUCAUCAACUGAAUUACCCUCUGGGAUGGGUAAUUCCUUACUAAAAUUACGUUUACAACAACAAGAUGAUCCACCUAGUAAUUACAAUAGUGAUACAGAUGAACCUGCACCUAGAAAACAACAUGAUCCUUUAGCUCAAGUCACACAUGAGGUUAUCCUUGAACACGAUUUUGAUGGAUUAGCUAAUGAGCACAAACAACAAGCCACCCCUACAGUUAAUCGCAACGACUUUCAUCCAAUUUGUGUAUUAGGAAGAGGAGCAUUUGGUAAAGUCUAUUUGGUCAAACAUGAGAAAUCGAAGGAACUUUAUGCGAUGAAGGUCUUGAAGAAAGCAUCUUUAAUAGUACAUGGUCAACAAGCUAUUCAAGCUAAAACUGAAAGACAAAUUUUGGAAGAAGUGAGACAUCCAUUUAUUGUGAAAUUGUGUUAUGCAUUUCAGACACCAACAGAACUUCAUAUGAUUUUAGAUUAUGCAGUAGGAGGAGAAUUAUUUCGUCACUUGGAUCAAGAGGGUAUGUUUGAAGAAAAAACAGCCGUAUUUUAUGCUGCAGAGCUUGUAUUGGCUUUAGAACAUUUACACUCGUUGGGUAUUGUGUAUCGUGAUUUGAAGCCAGAAAAUUGUUUAUUAGAUAUUGAAGGACAUAUCUUAUUGACUGAUUUUGGGUUAUCCAAGGUAGCAGUAGAUGGAAAGACAAAUACGAUAUGUGGUACAGCUGAAUAUAUGGCACCUGAAAUUUUAAUGGGGCUUGAAUAUGAUUUGACAGUAGAUUGGUGGAGUUUAGGUAUAUUAAUUUAUGACAUGAUCACAGGCUCUCCUCCAUUUAGUUCAAAUAAUCGACAAAAGACGAUUGAUUCUAUUUUAAAGAAAAAAAUCCCAAUGCCUUAUUAUUUAACCUUUGAUGCUAAAGAUAUCUUAUCAAAGUUAUUACGUAAGAAUCCAAAUGCUCGACUUGGAUCAAAACCAAAAAAGGCAGAUGCUAUUCGUCGACAUCGAUUCUUCCGUAAUAUAGAUUGGGAUGCUUUAUUACGUCGAGAAAUAUUACCACCCAUUGUACCUAUUGUUACCGAUCCUGAAGCAGCAGAAGUAAUUAUAGAUAUAUACAUGUGUCAUUGUGUGUCUCUAUACUAACUUGUUCAUUUAUAGAAUUUUGAUCCCUUGUUUACAAAUGAACUUGUUGUAGGGUCUCCCGGAAUAAAUACGAAUCAUAGUCAUUUAACAGCAUCAAAUGAAAGUGACUAUAAUAGCCACUUCUUAAACUUUAGUUAUGUGGAUACCUCUAUUUUAUAAAUGCUUACGUAAUACAUAUAGAAUAUAAUUGGAACAAAAAAAAAGUAUAAUAUUUAUGCCGCCAUUAAUAAUUAUGCAAUCAAAUACAGCAAUAAUAAAGAGAAGAGAAAAACAAUUUCAUAUUAUUUCAUUAAAGAGAUUAAAAAAAAAAAAAGGAAAGGACAAAAAAAAAGAAAA